UUAUGGUAUAUAUGUUCUGUGGUAUUCUAGAUCUUUAGUUCAUAAUUUUCUAACAAAUAUCGAAUUUUGGAAAAAACUAUUGUGAAUAUAUGAACUCGUAGCUGAAUAUCUAAUUUUUAAAAUGCAUACAGACUUAUCACCUCAUUUACAUAGCGCAAAAUGUAACGAGUUGAUUCGAUUGUACCAACAAUGCCAGAAGGAGCAUUCAUUUGCGCGAUUUUUUGGAAUAUGUAACUCCGAGGAUCACCAAAUGACAAAAUGUUUAAAAGAAGAAAGGCUACUUCGAAGGCAGAAAAACUAUGAGAAAUCAUUAGAAACCAAGGCAAAACUUAGACAACUGUAUAAAGAAGAAAGAGAAAGGAAGAAAGCUGAAUCAAAUAGUAAUUAAUUUAUGUAUAAUUAGGUACAUUGAAAUUACUGUAUAUAAAAUAAAGUUUCGUGAAACAAC